AUGAGCGAACAACCAAAGAUCGUUCAUCUCACACGAGACAAUCACCCCUCAGAGAGCAGCAAUACUUUUUCAUCAUCAACAUCAACAACAUCACUGAAUGGUGAGGAUGGUGUUGUUGGAGAGCAGGUGGGAAUUAAAUCCUUUACUGGUGAAACAUUUGAUUCCUUAACUUCCCCACUCCCAAGAUCCCACUCACUCCCAUUUGGUUUAUCGGAAUCAGCAAGUGGAUUCUUUACAACAACAGAAGAUGAAGAGGGUUUUUCUAAUGAAAUUUCCAGAAUUAUUGAAAAGGAAGUCAUCAAGGAAAUUAAUGAAAAAGUUAGAAUACAUAAACAUGAAGUACAACAUGCAGUACCACUUACCCUGAUGGAUGUGAUCAAUACAAUGAAGGAAGGUGCUGAAAGUGUUCAAAGAGACGAUUUUACAGAAUGUUUCCGUCCAAAACCACCAGAACCUUGGAAUUGGAAUCUUUUCCUGUUUGUUGGUUGGUUGAUCGCAUUGAUCGGACGUUACUGUAUACUUUUACCAUUGAGAAUAUUAUUAUUCUUAUCAGGAACUAUUGCAUUCAUAUUAGUAACUUUGAUUUUAAUGGUAUUGAGAAGUAUCUUUGAAAAAAAGAAAAAUUCACAAGAAGAAACUGAACAAGAUCAACAAGAAGAAAAGAAAAUUACCACCCUUGAUUGGUUAGUAAGAAAAUCACUCCAAUAUUACAGUGCUAUUUGGAUUCACAGUAUGUCAGGAGUUAUCAAAAUUCAUGGCAUUCCUCCUGUUAGAAGAAAGAAUCAAAUUUAUGUUUCAAACCACACUUCACUUAUUGAUUUUAUUCUCUUAACUUAUUUGUGUGGUGUUGCAACUGUUGGUCAAAAGCAUGGAGGUUUUGUUGGAUUUAUGCAAGAUAGAGUUGUUUCUCCAUUGAAGAAUAUUUGGUUUGAAAGAUUUGAAUCAAGAGACAGAAAGAAAACAUCUCAAAGAAUUUAUGAUCAUAUUAAUGAUGUCAGUAAUCCACCACUUUUAAUUUUCCCAGAAGGUGUUUGUGUCAAUAAUGAAUAUAUUGUCAUGUUCAAGAAGGGUGUAUUUGAAAUUGAGGAUGUUGAAAUUUGUCCAAUCGCUAUCAAAUAUAACAAGACUUAUUCUGAUCCAUAUUGGAGCAGUCGUGACGAAUCAUUCCUUGUUCACAUUUUGCGUAUUAUGAAGAGUUGGUGUUUGGUGGCAGAUGUUUACUUUUUGGAACCACAAAAGAAGAGACAAGACGAAGAUGCCAUUCAAUUCACUGAUAGAGUCAAGAAUAUGAUUGGAAAUAAGGCUAAAUUGAUUAGUUUGGAUUGGGAUGGUUAUUUGAAAUACUAUUCUCCUUCUGUGAAAUUGACAGAAGCCAGACAAAAGGUCAAUGCUGAAGUAAUGAAGAGAAGAUUUUUAAUUGGUGUUGAAGACAUUAUCAGAAGUGCCAGUACCAAUUCACUUGAUGGAUUAAAUACUCUUCACAAUAAGAAGACUGUCAGAUUCAAGGAUUCUCCAUCAUCUCCAUCUGAUGAAAAUUCUCCACCUUCCGACAAGCCUCAAAAUAAUAAGGAACAUAAAGAAUAAAUUAUUUCAUACUUUUCAAUUUC